AUGUCCUCCAUGUUGACACUCCUCCCACCGAGGGCAGCGCGGCGCGCAUCUGUCAGUCGAGGACACCUCAGGCGAGCGCCAGCACUUGUCCAGAGGUCCAGAAAUCCGCUGGCGGGAGAAAGCGGACGACGGACUCGGGGAAACCCCACAGAGCCCCUGCCAGGGGGAGGGCGGGGCGAGCCCGGGCCGCCUCCACCUCCAGGCCCGCCCUGGGCCACACCCGACCCCGCCUGUUUUCGGCUAACGGACUUCGCGCCCGUCUCCGCCGCCGGCCCUCACCUCGCCCGACGGCGGCCUUCAGAAGUCGGCGCCCACUGCCGUGUCGCCGCGCCGCCCCCCCGCCUCCUCGGCAACCUUAACCCAUCGGGCGGACCCGGCGCAGGACAUCGGUGUCCCGGGCGCAGGCAGGCGGACCCAAUCAACGUCAACCUUAUAGCCCCGCCCGUCGUGGACCCUACGUCCAAUCACAAAUGA